AUGCAACCAGUAAAUCAGAUGCUAUUUGUUGCUGUCGUUAUGCUCAGUGGAAUGGUCUCAUCAUCGGUGGAGUUUGCGCCUCGCCAAGUGGAUAUUGAAAAUUAUGCAAAACAGUGCCGUAGAGCACAUGAAUGUUGGCGUACCGAACCAAUUGGCCCUGAUGCUUUACCUCUUGCUCUAACAGGUCAAUUACACUACUUAGUUGCAGCACAGCUUAAUGAUCCAAAUAAAGAAAAUGCCGAUGUCGUAACGGCUUUUGUCAAUAUUAUCAAGCAUCAACAGAAAGCUUCUUCCCCUGUGAUGAGCUGUAAGAAGUUCCUUGUUAACUGUGUAUUGUCAACUGCUCCCGUUGGUGCAAUGCAAUCAUCCUAUCUCUGGUCGUUUCACUGUAUUUUGUUUGCAACAGGUGCUCCAAAAUAA